AUGGCCAUCGUCUCGACAAGCAUCGAAAUUGCUGCACCUCCAACUACCGUGCGCGAAAAGUUCCUCGACUUCCCCUCCAUCCCAACAUACAGCCCAGCCGGUUUCAUCCGCUCAAUCGAGCCCAACGAUGCCUCAAUCACAGGAAAAAACCUAAAAGCAGGCGACAAACUCGAGGUUACCGCAGGUUACGGCAAGUGGAAAUUCUCCCCCGUUGUUGAACAGAACACCGAAGAGCUGUUUUGCUGGCGGGGUUCGGUGCCUGGAAUUUUUACGGGGGCGCAUAUAUUUCGAUUUGAGAGUGUUUCUGGCUCGGAUACCGCUGGGUCUGGAGUUCGGACGAGGCUUGUACAUGAGGAGAGGUUUAGUGGGUUGUUGGCAGGAGUCAUGGGUGAAGGGUACUUGGGGAGUUGGCUUGGGAUGAGGGAGGAUACGAGGAAGGGGUUUGAGAGUUUUAAUGUGGAUUUUAAGAAAUGGGUUGAAUCUUCUACGUAG